UUUUGGUAAGGCUGCCAACGUCCACAUGGCAGUGAAAGCAAUUCGUCUGAAUCACGUUUCGCUCUGAACGCUUUGAAACAGAGCACGAUGGGAAAGACCAAGAAUACCAGAUUCAAACGGCCACAGUUCACGCCGGCCGGGCUCUCCGUAGGUGCCGUUAAGGACGCUGUGGAGGAGGAGGCAGAGGCGGAGGAAUCUCCUGCUGUGGAUUUAUUGGAAAAGUUGCAGAGUCCGUGUGCAGACAUACGUGAGUAUGCAUGUGCGAGCAUCUCACGUGUUGUGCAACAGAGCCAGAACAUCCCAGGUUUCCUGCAGAGGGAUGCAGUGAGGAGGUUGGGCCCACUGCUGCUGGACAGCAGCCUUGCGGUCAGAGAGACUGCUACGGGGGCGCUCAGAAACCUGAGUGCAUGUGGAGGUCCAAAUGUCUGUGAAGACAUGGUGCGUCAGGAUGUCCUGACCCCUCUGACUGCCCUACUGAAGGAGUGUUCUUUAGGGUUCCAGGUGAAUUCCAGCCCAGUGAAAAAGGAAGAGAAGCACACCGUGGACGAUGUGGCAAAUGAAGCUGUGAACUUACUGUGGAACCUCUGUGAGAGCAGCAGUGCAGCAGUGUCAGUGUUUAACAGAGCCGGACUUCUGGAUGCUCUGCUGCCAUGCCUCGAGAGACAUCCACACAACAUUCAGCUCGCUUUAUCAGCAGCCCACUGCCUGCACACAGUGACCGAGGAGAACCCAGAGCUGACUGGAACUGUAAGUGAAGCCGUUUUGGCUGCUCUGGAAAACGUGCUGCUCUCCACUCAGUCCAGCAUGGAACAUGCCCUCCUGCGCAUAUUAGCUGCAGGAUCAGUGUGGAACCUGAAGGGCUGUUUCUCCUCCACACGUCAGGCUGAUGCCCUGAUGGCAGUGGUAACCACUCUAGCCCACUGCCUCAGUCUAGAUGCUGGAGCGAUGCUUCCUGAGCUGUGGCAGGCCCAGGCAACCCGGCUAUCUAACAGCACAACAGAGCCAGCUUCAGCAUGUAAAGACAAGCAGCCAGCAGGGGGUGCUAUGGAGGAAGAGGAGGAGAUGGAGGAGGGAGAUGUAGAAGUGAAGAUGAAUGGAGGAAAGAGGAAUGGAAAAAAGGCAAAGAUAGAUAAAGAUAUCUCAGACUUUAUGCCUAGGAACAGACUGGAGUUGAGGGAGGCCAUAGCACUGCUGACAGCGCAGCAAACAUCACUGGAGAUCAUUGUCAACAUGUGCUGUUCAGACGACCCCUCUGAUGAUGAAUGGGAGGAGAUGUCGAGCAGUGAUGAGAGUGAGAUGUUUGCUGACUGCCCUGAUGGGAACAACAGUAUGCUCUCACCUCUCUGCCUUUCUGCUGAGCUACACACAACGCUACUCAAUCACAGCAUACCCCAACAGGUCCUGAAGAAGGCAGAUUUUCCCAGCCGUGUUGCACUUGAGAUAUGCAACAAAGACCCAGCGUGGAGAUGCCUCAUCAAAAAAAUGCAGCGGGUGCAGUGCCGGGCAUUAACGUGUCUCCAUAACAUCCUGUCUGUGAUGGAUCCGGAGUGCCUGGGUGGGGCUGAGGGACUUCAGGUCGUCGCUCAGCAUCUCUCCUCUCUGGUCUUUGGCUCAGAAGACGUCAUGAAGGAUGAGGAGUUUUUGGAGGCAGUGACCAGUGCCAUACGCUCUCUGCUACAAAUACUGGCUUCCAAAAACAUCCCUCAGUGUAUGAGCCCUCAGCAGCUGAUGAGUAUGUGUGAGGCAGCUACACAGUGUGAUCUGGUCAGUGUAAGAGUGAACGCUCUGGCCAUUCUGGGCAUCACAGGAAGCACGCUGGCCAAAGAAAAAGGCUCUGUUGACACAUUGCAGCUGAUAGGGAAUGCAUUAUUGAAUGUGGCAUCUAAGGACUCCAACCUGGUGGUUUGUGGAGAGGCACUGGAUGCUCUCUUUGAUGUGUUUGCUGAUGGAGAGGAGGCAGAGAGAGCUGCGCAGAACAUCAGCCUGUUCUCAGCUCUCAAAGCACUACAACCUGUGUUCAAAGCCAAGAUCCGGAAGGAAGGACGAGGGAAGUACGGCCCUGAUCAGCUUUGUGUUCUGGACAACAUCAGAAUUAACCUGCGGAGGUUCAUCGGCUACUUGGACACACUGCAGAAGAAAUGAGCAUGUGAUUGAUGCCAUUCCUCUGUGUGGAGCUCUAAGCCUGUGCGCUCCUGCACUUGUAGUUAUGGUUUCUUGGCCGCAGACUAGGGCUGAGGGACCUCCAGUUUAAAUGUUUAUAGUUUAAGCACCAAUCAGGAAUCGCUGAAACUGGCAGGCCAGUUUUUGUUACUUUAACACAGGCGUUUAACCGGCACCACUAAAUAUACUUCAUAGCCAUAUCUAAAACAACUAAAUGAAUAAUUCAUUUCAGAACCACACAUGUGUGCAUGUGUUGGGUAUAAGUCUGUCAGGGGGGUGCAGUUCAAUACAGUUCAAAUGAUAAAAUUAUUAUUUUUAAACUAUUCUUACAGAUGCAAUGCAUUUGUAUAUAUUAUACAAAUUUAUCAUGCAUUUUUGAUAUAUUGCUUUCAGUCAAUAGUUUUAUUGUAAGACAAUGUUGUUUAAAGUCUGGCCAGAUUAAUCACCACUAGAGGGCAGUAGGAAGUUAAGUGGAAAAAAAAGUAGAGAUCGAGUUAAUCAAUUCAGAUCAGGUUCAGAUGGACCCAAAUCAUCUUAAACUUUUUUUUGUUUGUUUAAACACUGUUUGGCUAGCUGCCCUUUGUCAUGUAAAAAAUGUAUGAUGAAUGGAAACCAAAUGGUCCAAAAUAUUUAAUACUGACAAAAAAUGGCUUUUCCUCCCAAGUUUUUGUCUGACAUGAUUUGAAAAUGUUAACCUCUUUUUGGUUGGGGUUUGCUUUAGUUCUGUUUAGUAGCCCUGGUGCAGCUGUGACACUGUUUUGGCAGUUCCUGAUUGGGGCUUGAAGGACAAAUGGCAGUAUUGAAAGUAUAAAAGUGAAUCUUCCACUAUGGUAAGGGUGAAUUUCAGGAUGAGUCUUGUCUCGACGAGGGAUGUCUGUGUACUCCAAGUUCAGGGAAUGUGCUGCUGUGGGGCUCAAUGACUUGAGCGGUUAGCUAUGAAAUGCCUGAUGGGAAUGUCUCAGGCUGAACAUUUAUUUAUAAGACGUGGUUAAGAGAGAAAACUAAGCCCCUCCUCGCCGAGUCCUUUUUGCCGCUGUUAUAUCGACCACUUGGGGGGGGAAAAGUGUUUUUGUGAGUCAAAUUCUGAGCAUUUUCUAAGUGCUCUUGGUGAUCAGUUGUUAAGAGUUGAAAGAUAUUAUUUGCAAUUAUAAGAAGCUGCAUUUUUAAAAGGUAACUGCACACCCAUACACCAUAGCUUUCUCCAUGUUGAAGUGUGUAGGGAAAGUGAGGUAGGACUUGUUUUCUGGUUUGUGUGUUACUCUGCAAAGCAUCCCUUUUAAUUUUACAUGUUUGAUUUAUUUUCCACUUACUGUACUCAAAUCAAUGAGGACUAAAGUGAUGAGCAUAUAGUAGGAAAGAGGAUGGAGUGGAAAUUAUUUGGAUUCGUUUUCUCUAUAAGCUUUUUCAUUUCUGAAAGCGUUUUUGUGAGACGUUUGGAGUGAAAAUGCUUGCAGCUGAUGCUUUAAACGAUUAAAGUGUGAGCCUUUUGUGA